AUUUAUUUAAUUUUUACUUAUAUUUUUUAAAUUCAUUUUCUGCCCUAUUUGUGACUGUUCUUCAUGAUUUUCCUCGUCUUCUUCCCAAUUCCUGAGUAGUUCUUGAGUUCCCAAUUUCUUGUUCUUGUUAAUCGCCAAAUUCCUCCUCAUUUAUUCAUUCUCUUCUUCCCACUCCCAGGAUACUCAUUUUCUCAGACACAUAGGCGAUAGGUGUAUCUUUUAAAAAUAUACAAUGGAAGCACAAACCCUUGCUUCCCCAUGGCAGUUCACCUGUGACUUAGAAGUGAACUUUGAAUCAGAGGAGAAAGCUUCCAUUGUGUAUGCAACACUAAAUGUUGACAAAGAGUUACAACCAGAUAAAGUAAAGAGGGUGAUGUCAGUCUCCGAAGGGAAGCUUGCAGUGCAUUUUGAAGCAGUAGAAGCUAGAUUUCUUCGUGCAUCUUUCAGUGCUUUUGUUGAUGUUCUGACACUCGCAACAAAAACUAUCGAAGAAUUCGGACCUGGAGUGGAUUAUGAGAGCUGCUCUUUGGGAAACUGAAAUUUUAUGUCAAGAGACUCAAGACCAUUUUGAUGAUGUUGUUACACACAAUGACUUGUUGGUAUUAUUCUCAUGUCUGGAGCUGCUUUCCGAGGAUUGGACAACUCUAAACAAGGUUAUAUUUUAUGCAAAUCGAGAGUAUAAUAUUCUUGUGUUUUUCUACUCAAGUCUGUAUUUCCUUAUCCUUUUUUUAGCCGUCAUCUCUAAAUUCAUCGAUGUAUACUCAUUAGUUGACAGAAACGAUCUAAUUUGUAAACUCGAAGUUUCUUUUGGCCUGUGGGCAUAUUUAUGCACUCAAAUUCAUCAAUUGAAUUUUGAUUACCA